AUGGCUGCUAAACCUGUGAUCGUAUUUGUGCCCGGGGCAUGGCAUCCUCCGACGGUGUUCGAGCCUGUGACCAAAAGGCUAGAAGCAGCAGGAUACGAAACCAAGGGCGUGCACCUUGCCUCUGUUGGUGCUGAGGUGCCCUUGGAAGACAUCGAACCAGACGUCAAAGCCAUUCAAUCGGUAAUCCAAUCAUCGGCCGACGAGGGUAAAGACGUCCUGCUGGUCGUCCACUCGUACGGAGGGGUUGUUGGCAGUGAGGCGGUCCAAGGCCUUGACAAAGCGAGCAGAGAGAAAGCAGGGAAGAAAGGCGGGGUUUCGCAUCUAUACUUCUGUUGUGCCUUCGCCCUGCCGGAGGGGGUAUCGCUGAUGGAUGCAUUACAAGGCAAACCAUUGCCUUGGUUUGACGUCUCAGAGGACGGAAAGGUUGUCAGGCCCAAGACGCCAAUCGACGUCUUCUACAAAGAUGUCGAGAACCCGGAGAAAUACGUGGAGCUCUUGAAGCCUCAUAGUUACCAGACGCUUGCCAGCAAGGUUACCUAUCCAGGGUGGAAGCAUGUCCCAAGAACCUACCUGUACUGCGAGAAGGACAUGGCGAUUCCCAUUCACGCGCAGAAGGGCAUGGUGGAGAGCUCAGGUGUGGAGUGGAGGACCGAGACGGUUGAUGCCAGUCACAGCCCUUUCCUGAGCGUCCCAGAAGAGAUGGCCAACUCAAUCAGGAGAGCGGCAGGAGAGACAAUCUGA